AUGGCGACCCGGGCAGGAGGAUCGCCGGCGGCGGAGAGUGUCACCCACGCUGACGAUGGUGAGCCCGAGUUUGGUGAGGCCAGCUUUUGCUUGGACACUGCGGGGAUGACAGCUACGCCUGGGCCCGCGUCACUGGAGGUACCGCUCUAUCGUGAAGAUUACGAUGACCCCCUCAGCAAUCUGGGUCCAGAGACCGAGGGCGAGGGCGAGUCGGUCCUCAUGGAGAGCCUGUGUUUCAACUGCGAGCAGCCGGGCCACAGCGCACGGGAAUGUCCAGAGCCCUUUAAUCGUGCCGCCUUUCAUGCCAACUUGGCUGAAUUCCGCCGGCAGCAAGACGAGCGUGCCGAUGCUGCCGGUCUGACUGGAGGCCGCUUCUACCGGUCCGACACUGCUGGCCAGGAUCCCCAAGCUGUGUCCUGGCGUCAAGCCAUGCGACCUGGCCAGAUCUCCGAAGGCCUAAGCCGAGCCCUGGGUCCCGUCGAAGGAGGCAUGCCCGUGGAUCUCCUCCGCCGUCUGCUGUUGGUUGGAUACCCACCCGAUUGGACACCGCGCGAGUAUCAUCAUUGGUGCCACCCAGAGCUCGAGGCCCAAGCAGCCGUGGAUGCGGAGAAGGACCUCAUCAUCCACGACGAGGACAUGGAACUCGAGACCCCACCCCAAAGCGGCGACGAGGACGAAGGCCCGCCCACGAACAUGACCCAACCCGUCAAAUUCCCAGGCUUCAAUGCGCCCUGGAACUGCCAUCUGUCGAAUACCACCCCCUCACCUCAGGUCUAA